AUGAGUUUCAGACCAAUAAAACCAUUGCCCAGACGCACUGUGCGCGUUUUUGGCCAGACUCACAAUCCCAGCAGAGUUGUGGGUUUCCUUGAGGCCGAGAUUGAGGCGAAAGAGCAAGCAAAAGAGCAGGGCCAGGUGAACAAAGAACAAACUGCCUCUCUGUCGUCCUACGCGGACGUAGUGAUGCCCGAUGGUUCUACUACGGGGGAUCAAUCAAACGAACAAGCAACUGCAUCUCUGUUGUCAUGCCCCGACGUAGUGAUGCCGGAUGCUCGCACUACGGUGGUGCACUUGUCGGAUUUUGGAGAAGACAACUCCGCUCGUGAGGCGCGUCUCACUCCAAUUUCACCAACACCUUGUUUCCCAAAUAUUCCAAAACCUCAAGGUCAACUCGCCGAAAACCUCCUACAACAACAACCACUUCCCGAGGUGAAUGGAGCAGCAGACAUGGCGUUCAGCUUCGGGACUUCGACGUCCAAGCCUACGCUCAAUUUGGGCGGCAUGAACACCACCGAGCCAGCGAAUCCUGGUAACUCGCUAUUUGGCCAGCCUGCUUCUCAACCCGCGGCAGCCAGCUCCUCCACCAACACCGCAGGCGCAUUCUCCCAGCCUCAAAUCGAUCUCGCCCACAUGCGCUCCACCACCAAGUUCGAACAAUCGACCCCUGAACUUCAGGCCGAAAUGGAAGCGGUCGAUAACAUGAUCUACACCCAGUGUAAACUCGCUCAAGAAGUUUCAGAUCUCCUCCCCACUGUCAUCGCCGCCGGCGAAAUGAUCGGCAACGGCGUCGACUUUGUUAGCCAGAAGCUCGAGGAACUCGAAACGGGCCUUGGCAAUGAUGCAGAAGCCAUCGUAGCCGCGCGCGACGGAGACGUGAAACAGACCGAACUCGAAGCCAAAACUGUCUUUCGUGCAGUCGACCGCCUCAAGAUGCCACGCCAAUACCAAGCCAGCCACACAUCGAACGAGAGCUUCGGCCAAGCCAACGCUAAUGGCGUUUAUGGCGGCGCAGGACUCAGCGGAUGGUGGAACAACCCACAAACUCUACGAGGCAGCGUCCGCGGUGGAACUGCGCAGGGCAACACGAUCCAACUCCCAGGCGAAGAUGCAGAGGAAGUCCAAGGACCCAAGAGUCUCAUCGAAUUGUUCAGAAUGCGCGCCAACGGCAUGGAAGAGGAGAUGCGUGAGAAACGCCGACUGCUCAGCGAGAUCGAAGCGUAUGUCAAGGGCUUGGAAGGCAAAGUGGUUAGCAAAGAACGCGAGGUGAACCAGCGACUUGCAUACGGCGAUCGUGACGGCACUGCCUUGAGCGAGAAAGAACAUCAGAUGCAGCUCUUGCGCUACGUCUUUGGAGAAGUUCAACGCAACCUGUACGACGUCGCGGACAAGGUCGGCGCUGCCAGAGACCAAUUGGCGGAAUUAACCCGAGCUGAUCCAUGAAACGGAGAAGGUCCAGGCUGCCGCUAACUAACGGUCACAACUACGCCUGAAGACACUUGAACCUGUAUGAAUAUGGAGCAAUGUUGAGCGAACUACCAGCUGUGACUGGCUUCCUGGAUACCCCUGGGCUCUAUUGAGAAGAGCGUCUUGGACGAAACAUCAGGAAGAGCGCAGCAUACCUGAGGCAUCAAACCUGGCUUGACCUCAGAUCAGGUACGCCCAGGGCUCAGACAAAAUCUGUACGAAUAAUGAGAACCACGAAAGGACAGGAACAGGGAGAGAAGAAAAGAAGCACAUAGCUAGGUGCAUAGUGACUCAUAAUGGACCAUCUUGGUCUCUUCAGAUUGACA